AUGCCUUUAGAUGAGUCGAUGUUUGUUCCUGAAGCCAUGAGAGUAUGUGAUUUGUUUGUUGAAGGUGAGCUGCGUUGGGAUGUAGAGAAGCUAAUGAAUAUUUUUAGUGUUGCUGAUAUGAGAGCUAUUCUUACUAUUCUAUUGCCUCUAUUCCCAAAACCAGAUAAAUUAAUUUGGCACUUGCAUAAGAAGGGUGUGUACUCAGUUAAAUCUGCCUAUUUUUGUGCCUUAGAAUUGUCGGGUAGGACUGGUGUGCUAGAUUAUAAUGAUGGGUGGAACCAUCUUUGGUCUCUUGAUAUUCCUCCUAAAGUUCGUGAUUUUCUUUGGCGUGCUUAUCGUGGAGUGUUUCCUACUCGGGAUAUUCUUUUGAGGCGUGGGAUACAUGUACCUGCUACAUGUCUUUUUUGUGAUCAUGAUGAAUCUAUUUCACAUGUUUUUUUGCAUUGUCCAAUGGCUGUUGAGUUAUUGAGACUUGCUGAUUUUUCUACUGCUGUUGAUUUUCCUAUAUUCAUGGAUUUCUUUAUUCAUAUUUAUAAUACUUUUGGCAGAGAAAGGACAGCACGUAUGGCUAUACAUGCAUGGAAGUUAUGGCAUGUCAGGAAUGAAAGAUUAUGGGUCAAUAAAGUUUUGUCACCUAGUGAGGUUCAUCAUGCUGCUAGUUCCUAUUUUACUGAUUAUGUGGCUUUACUUGUGGCUCGGCUAAGGACGUUAUCCCACUCAUCUGUUCCUCGUGUGCUCCAUUUGGUUGAGGCUACCACUCUUGAAGUUGAUUGGAUUGCAUUCAUUGAUUGUGCAGUCUUUGCUAGUGCUGAUUUGUUCGAUUUUGCAGCAGUAUUUGAGGACUUGGAAGGCUUCUUUUCCAUUGUAAUUUCGGGUUUCUAUGAGGGGGGUGGGCAACCUGUUAUUGCUGAAACUUUGGCCUUGCGUCAAUGUGUAUCUUAUGCUAGAGAUUGUUUUCUUCAGCCUGGUUGUAUUUUUACGGAUAACCAAUCCUUAGUCUUGGCUAUUUGCUCUCCUCUGGAUGACUUUUCGGAGUUUGGAUUAGUUAUUUCUGAUUGCAAGGAUGCUAUGCGGUCUCAUGGUAACAUUCAUGUUCGUUGGGUACGGCGUUCAGAAAAUAGAGCCACCCAUUUAUUAGCUAGAGAGUCUAUUCAUCAUGGUAGAUUCAAGAUUUGGAUUGACAUUUCUGAUUGUCUCUUGGAUUAUUAUUCUACAAGAUAA